GGCAACAUGCUGCACUUCCUGGUGUUUGCCGUGCUGGUCCUUUAUGGACACAGCACCCAGGACUUUCCGGAAACCAAUGCCCGGGUAGUUGGAGGGACUGAGGCCCAGAGGAACUCCUGGCCCUCUCAGAUUUCCCUCCAGUACCUGUACAGAGGUUUCUGGCAUCAUACCUGUGGAGGGACCCUCAUCAGACAGGACUGGGUGAUGACAGCUGCUCACUGUGUGGACAGUGAAAUGACCUAUCGUGUGGUGGUUGGAGACCACAACCUGACCCAAAACGAUGGCACCGAGCAGUACGUGGGUGUGCAGGACAUUGUGAUACAUCCAUCCUGGAAUAGCAAUAAUGUGGCUGCCGGCUAUGACAUCGCCCUGUUGCACCUGGCCCAGAACAUUACCCUCAAUGACUACGUCCAGCUGGGUGUUCUGCCCCAGGAGAAAACCAUCCUGCCUAACAACAGUGCCUGCUACAUCACAGGCUGGGGCCUGACCAAGACCAAUGGGUGGCUAUCCCAGACCCUGCAGCAGGCUUACCUGCCCUCCGUGGACUAUGCCACCUGCUCCGGCUCUUCCUACUGGGGCUCCACUGUAAAGAGCACCAUGGUGUGUGCUGGAGGAGAUGGAGUUCACUCUGGAUGUCAGGGUGAUUCUGGGGGUCCCCUCCAUUGCUUGGUGAAUGGCCAGUAUUAUGUACAUGGAGUGACCAGCUUUGUGUCCAGCCUGGGCUGUAAUGUCUACAGGAAGCCCACGGUGUUCACCCGGGUCUCUGCUUACAUCUCUUGGAUAAAUAAUGUCAUUGCCUCCAACUGAACGUUUUCCUGAGUCCAGUGGCCUUCCCAAGAUGUUUCUUAGAUCUGCAACAGGACUUGAGGUCAACA